ACAAUAUAUGCAUAGUUGCAUACCCUCUUCAUUCUAUCUAGUCUUCUUCAUUUCACACUUUUUUGCCACUUUCUCUAUUCAAUUCUCCUUCACUUCUCAUAAUAAUAAUAAUAAUAAUGGCUUUGAGAAAAUCUACUAGGCUUCAUCAAGCACCACUUCUCAAGCAAAUUCUCAAGAGAUGCUCAAGUUUAGGGAAGAAGCAAGGCUUUGAUAAUGAUGUUCCAAAGGGUCACUUUGUUGUGUAUGUUGGAGAGAAUAGAAGCAGGUACAUUGUCCCAAUUUCAAUUCUAAGGUGCCCUAGCUUCCAAACCUUGCUCCAUCAAGCUGAAGAAGAGUUUGGUUUUGAUCAUGAAGGAGGUCUCACUAUCCCUUGUCAUGAGGAUGUUUUUGAGUCUCUUGUUACAUCAUCCAUUUAGGUCAUAGAUUCUUGCUUUUCUUCUUAUUUUGGAAAAAAAACAACAAAGCAUGUUAGAGAUCCAUUCACUACUUAUUUUAUAUUUUCUCGUCUACCAUAAAAAUAUUUGUCAUUUUAAAAAUUUAAUAUUUUUAUAACUCAACGUAUCUGGAUAUAUUUUAUAUCAAGAUAUAUUGAGUUGUUCGUAUAAUUAAAAUGACAGAUAUUUUGUAAUAUAUAGAAGAGAAAAAUAAAAUUUUCUCUCCUUUUAUUUCUUAUAUUUAUAUAUGUAUUAAUAUAUAUAGGAGAAGAGAUCCUUAUUUUAGAGUGACUCUAACCUCAAGAUGGGAAAAGUUAGGCCCUCAAGGAGUUCUUGUGGGUUUAGAUUGUAUAUGUACUUAGAAAGGCAACAUUUUUUUCAGCAGGGGUGAUGAAAAGUUUGUCAAAAUGUACCUUGUUGGAUAACUAAUUUUAAAGAGUUAUUGAUUGUGGUCU